GCGCCCUCAUCCGCGCCGCGCGGUUGUGUUGUUCUGUUUUUGUUGAGCGUCGUUCUCCCCGCCCUCCCCGCUCCCAAAUGCUCACGUCGCACCCCUACUACGGGAUGUAACUCGUGAGGAGCCGCAGUCGCUGCGCUUGCACCGCAAUAAUCGCUCUCUUUCUUUUUUCCCAUCAACCUUUCUGCUUAGUGAAGUGACAAUGUAGUGACUUAAUAAUAGUGGUUUACUACUUAACUAUAAUAAUAUUUAGUGUACAGUCAUGUUAUAAUCAGCGUUAUAAUAUGUUACCAUAGGUUAGUUUUCCUUUUAGUGUUAAUGUUAGUGCCAAUGACGUAUUGACCCUGGUAAGUUAUAUCAUAAAUUUAAAGUGAUGAGUUGGACAUAGUGUGCCUACCGUGAACGAAAUAUCGUGCGUAGCCUAGUGCCGAUAGUACGUAUAGAUGUCUGCCGCGCGGCGGCCCCGGCCCGCAGUCGGGUGAGUCGUCGCUGUCAUGGCUCAACCCCAAGCGCCAUCGCCGGGCGGCCGCGGCCGCCGUGCGUCUCGCGCGCCUCCGCCGCUCGGCCGCGCCAGCUCCGCGGGCAUGGCGCUACCCAUGAAACGCUCCUUUAGCUCGGAGAGCGGGUCGUCCUCCAAGCGUGACUGGAAGAUGCGCCUCAGCCUGCGCAGCCGCAGCGGUCAAAGCGUUGAUGCGCUGCGCGGGCGACGCUGCGCUUCGCUACGCGCAAACAGCGGCGGCGCAGGCGCAGUGCGGUCCGCCGACGAGUCGGGCCGCAGCACUCCCGCAGCCGCCCGUGCCUCGCCCUCCCCUGGCGACACGCCCGCGCUCAAGAAAUCCAACUGGGAGGUGAUUGAGCACUUCUCCUCCAGCCGCUCCAAGAAGAGCCCUUCUACUGUAGAAACUAAAGGAUAUGAGCAGCAGACAUCGCCGGCGUUGCCGCUUUGCCCCGCCGGGCGGCCUGAUGCCGAUGUGCAACCAUUGCUCUGCGGCGACGAGAGGCUUGAGGCUGGCGGCGGGGGGCACGACGAGCUCGUUGAGGAGGGAAGCCACAGCUGCGUGGCGCGCUGCCUGGGCACGCUGCCCGCGCCGCUGCGUGAGCUCUGUGCCUCGCACCGUUUCCGAAACCUUCAUGUGGAGAUGUUGUACCAGCGGUACUUCCUGCGCAUAAACCAGACGAACAUGACACACCUCCUGGGCCUGCUGCUGGCCGUAGCACUAGGCCUGCUGGGCGUCAAGGCGCGCACAUUGCUGCUACCGAAAGACCUGCAAGCCGACGCAGAUCUUGCGCUUGGCACGGAUUUUACCUCGAUUUAUAGCUCUAUGGAGCCGUACCAUGAUCUGACAUCGGAUCUGCCGCUGUUGUUCAACACUACCGAGGAGCCGCUGACGCCGUUUAACACGUCGUUACACCGUCUGCACUUUGAGCGUGAUCGUAUCGCGCACGUCGUCGACGUGAUUGCCAUCGGCCUGUCCGCGCUCGUCUACGCCUGUCUUCUUGCGUGCCUUAGCCGGCCGGCCAUAAACGAAAUCUACCUGCUCACCAUUUCAUACGUGGUGCUCGGAACCUUCCUGCUCAUUGAACUAUCGCUCGACACUACUACAGUCCUCAGGACUCUGGGCGUAAGCAGCGGUGCGUGUGCACUGUUCACUUACGUAACUUACGCUAUCCUGCCGGUGCGGCUGCACGAGGCGGUGGGCGCGGGCGUAGCGCUCGGUGUCGUAAACGUAGGGGCGCACCUGGCACUGGGUCGGCAGCCACCGCUACAGGUGUGCUGCGGGCUGGCGGCGCUGUUGGCGUGCAACGCCGCGGGCGUGAUGACGCACCAUCCUCGCGAGCUAGCGCAGCGGCGCGCUUUCCUUGAGACGCGCGACUGCGUCGAGGCGCGACUUGUUAUGCAGCGCGAGAAUCAACAGCAGGAGCGGCUGCUGCUGUCGGUACUGCCCCGUCACGUUGCCAUGGAGAUGAAGGCCGACAUCGCCAACCAGCCACGCCAGGAGCAGUUCCACAAAAUCUACAUCCAGCGCUACGAGAAUGUUAGCAUCUUGUUCGCGGACAUAUGCGGAUUCACCUCGCUGUCGGAUCAGUGCACGGCGGAGGAGCUUGUGCGGCUGCUUAACGAGCUCUUCGCCAGGUUCGACCGGCUGGCGGCGGAGCACCACUGUCUGCGCAUAAAGCUGUUGGGUGACUGCUAUUACUGCGUAUCGGGGCUUCCCGAGGCGCGCGAUGACCAUGCGCGUUGUUGUGUCGAGAUGGGUCUUGAUAUGAUCGACGCCAUUGCGCUGGUGCGCGAAGUCAUGGCAGUGAACGUAAACAUGCGCGUGGGCAUCCAUACAGGUCGCGUUCACUGCGUCGUACUGGGCCUGCGUAAGUGGCAGUUUGACGUGUGGUCCAACGACGUUACGCUCGCCAACUACAUGGAGAGCGGCGGUGUCGCCGGACGGGUGCACAUCACGAAGGAGACGCUGCUCUGCCUCGGUGAGGACUAUAAGGUGGAGCCGGGUAACGGCGGGCAGCGCAACACUUACCUCAAAGACCACAACAUUGAGACCUACCUCAUCGUGCCUGACGAUACUAGCAGAGUGGACAAGAAACCUCAGCACUCUUUCUCAAUCAACGGCAACGUGUCGAAGGAGAUGCGCGUGAUGGGCCACGGCUCGCAGCACGGCAAGCAUUCUUCCAAGAUUGGCAUAGAGACUAUGAACGAGAAUAAAAAACCCGAGGACGAGGUUAAUGAGUACCUGAUGAAGGCUAUCGACGCGCGCUCCAUCGAUCGGCUUCGCAGCGAGCAUUGCCGCCCCUUCACGCUCUCAUUUCGUGAUAUAGACCUUGAAAAGAAGUACCACACAGAGCGUGACCACAUGCUCAAGGUGUAUUUCGUUUGCGCGCUGGUCAUCUACAUCGCCAUCGUGAUCAUGCAACUCAUCGCCUAUGGAAUAGUAGCGCAGGAUGUGAUAUGCAUGUGUGCGUGCGGCUUGGUAGUCGCCACUGCCUCGUUCUUGGUGCUGGCUAUCGACUUCAAGUGGGCGGGCAGGCGCACGCAACGGCUGGCGCAGCGGGUACACAAUAACCGCACGCUGGCGCAGCUGCUGUCAUUUGUGGUCGUCGCCACAGUCGCCGUCAUGGUCCAGUUGCUAUCGGUGUGGCGUGUGUACGGAAGGACCACAUCAGCGACGGCGGAACCGGCAUAUUGUCCGUACGACGUGAACGAACACUACCUCCAGCUGACACUGCUGGUGAUGUUCAUGUGCGCAGCGCAGCAGAUCCUAAUCACGAUGUUAAAGACACUGGUGCUCGCUGUCACCUGCACCGCAUAUAUACUCGUCAUCAUGCUGCAGCUCAUGCGAGCACCCAGUUAUCGCGAUCCGAUGUCGGUAUUUCAACACCCGUGCGACCUGGACUGGAACCAGCAAUGGUCAAGUGUAGUGGUGGCGCUGGGCGCGGCGGUGGCGUUACUACUGCACGCACACCAAACCGAGAGCACCUACCGCCUCGACUUUAUCUGGAAACUGCAGGCCAACGGAGAAAAGGAGGACAUGGAGCACCUGGAGGCCUAUAAUCGUAAGCUUUUGGCCAACAUCUUGCCCGAACACGUCGCACAACAUUUCCUCAACAGCGACAAGAACAUCGACGAGUUAUAUCACGAGCAAUGCGAGUCGGUGUGCGUCAUGUUCGCCUCUAUACCGAAUUUCUCCGAGUUCUACGUAGAGUUAGAAGGCAACAACGAAGGUGUAGAGUGUCUGCGACUUCUGAACGAGAUCAUUGCCGACUUUGACGAGAUCCUCGCUGAGGAGCCUUUCAAGUACAUUGAAAAAAUUAAGAGCACUGGCGCCACAUAUAUGGCCGCCUCAGGGCUGACGGCGGCGACUCGUGAUCUGCAGGGCUUUCGUCACGUGACGGCUAUGGCCGACUACGCACUGCGCCUACGUGACCAGUUACAAUACGUCAAUGAACAUUCUUUCAACAACUUCCGUAUCCGGAUAGGCAUCAACAUAGGACCCGUGGUAGCGGGCGUGAUCGGCGCGCGUAAGCCGCAGUAUGACAUCUGGGGCAACGCUGUCAACGUCGCCUCGCGGAUGGACUCCACCGGUCUGGUCGACCACGUCCAGGUGACGCAAGAGGUGUACGAAAUACUGCGCGCGCGCGGCUACCGGCUGCGCUGUCGCGGCACCGUCGACGUAAAAGGCAAAGGCAACAUGGUCACUUACUUUUUGGAUGGUGUGGGCGACGCGAUCGUCGAUCACCCCGCUGACGUCUACACCAACCCGACGCCAUCGACGUCAGCCAAUGGUAAUGAAUACUGUACGACGGUGACGGUGCAAGGCGACCUGACUGACUACCAUGCGCCGUCUUCCUCCUCCCACCGCUCCAUGCAGAACUCGCGCCAGCUCGACACACUCUCCGAAGGGCAUACAGACGAAGACGCCGGCACCUCUCCCCGGCGUUCGAUUCCCACUGAAAACCAGAAUGGAUCAACAAGUCCGAAAUUGAAUCAGUCUCGCGAGAGCGUCGCGAGCGCAGUACGCCUGCGCCGCUUGCGUCGGCUUGAGCGGCCACUGUCUCUGGCAGAGACACCGCCACCCAACAUACUGCUCUCACUGCUGCAGAACAGAUCGUACUCCAUUAACUUUGAUAAGUCCACUUUUCAUGAGUACCUUGAGGUUAAAGAUAGGACAACCAGCACUACGAGGCAGCGCAGCGUUGCGACGUCACACAGCAGCGACGAGCUGGGCGCUCACACCGCGACUGACGAGCCGCGACGCGCCGUUAGCUUGAUCGACGUGCUGUUUAGGCGCAAGCACGCGCUGCGGAUCGCUUGCCAUGUUAUCGAGAACCCCAUGCAUGCCGCGCUCGACAAUGACGACGCCAACACCGGCUAAGCGCCCAGCGCUUUAACGAUUUAGGCAUCGCGUCUUUAUACGAAAUGUUUCAAAAACACAUUUUUCUUACGUUUUGCGCAUUAUAUAAGGACACAAUGCUCGUAUCACUAUUUAUCUUAUCGCGGACAUCUCUCGAUUACUCAUUGAUAUUAACAAUAAAAAUUAUGUGUAAAAAUUAUAUUGUGACACGCGUAACAGUAGCUCCGAUGAGCUGUAGAGUGAAAGGUUGUGAAUUGCAAAAAAAUCCGUUGUUGCGGCUGAACGAUUGUGUCCUAGGAUUGUGUCAAUUGAUCCGCUUACUUGCGAAUCGGUUUGUAUUAAACGUGUACCUAAUAUUAUCUGUAGUUACAAUAAGUACCUACAUGUAUAUAUUAUUUAUUAAAUCUAUGCAGCAAAUAUCAGUAGUUAGUAGUAGUGUAUAUAUAAUUCGUAAAUACAAAUAG